AUGUCCGACUCCGACAAACAGAAUAAUGGCCUCCUCGGCGGAUUGACCGACACUGUCGGCAAGACAGUCGGCGGUGUCACCAACACCGUCGGCUCAACGGUUGGCGGCCUCGGCAAAACUGUCGGUGGUGCAACAGAGGGUCUGGGGCAGACGGUAUCGGGUGCCACCGAGGGCAUCGGUGAGACGGCCAAGGGGGCUGGACAGGGAGUGCAGAAUGGCGUGCAGAGUGUUGGAGGGAAGAAACAGACGGCAGACAACCCAUUGGGACUGAACAGCAGUUCGUGA